AGAAGAACACAGGAAAGAAAAAGAAGUGGCCGACAGUAGCGCGCCCUAGCGGCCGUAGCGGAAAUUAACCUCAGUUUAUCGUGAUCCAAAAUGGCAGUUUGCGGUGGGUGACAGUUCGGAACAUAAAGUUCACCAAGUAUUUGCGUUUAUUGAAUCAUGGAGCCAAUUAUUCGAUUGUGUUUUAAUUAUACAGUGCUGUUGUCCUGACAGUAGUGUUCUACGGGCGACAGUUCCGGAACUGUUUGUCAGACUUUUAGUGCAUUUAAUUAAGUGAUUACAUUAGUGUUGUGAAAGUGAGCCAGCAAGAAUGGCACGACAACCACCACCUCCGAGGGAUUUGGACGGCUUCCAGCCUCUCCUCUCGACUGCAGACACCAAGCGGAAGCUGCAGAUAGGCAAUGAUCUCAUUACCUAUCUCGGAGAUCCCAGCAAUCACAUUGACUGUUUGGAUAUUGGUCUCUUCAUCGAUGGACUGAUCCCUUGGAUGCAUAGCAACAACUUCAAGGUGUGCCAGAAUGGACUGGACGCCAUGACCUACCUCGUGGACCGCAUGGGCGGCGACUUCAGGCCAUAUUUACAGACUGUUUUACCUCCAAUCAUCGAUAGACUAGGCGACAGCAAGGACAUGGUCCGCAGCAAAGCUCAACUUCUUUUAAUGAAAAUUUUAGAAAGGGAUGUGGUUUCCGCCCAGCAACUGUUUGAUAAGCUCACGCCCGCCUUCGCGCACAAGAACGGGAGGAUCCGGGAAGAAGUGCUGACGACACUUGUCACUACCAUCAAUGAGCACGGCAUCCAGUCCCUGCUCGUGUCGCGGCUCAUCCCCGCCAUCGUCAAGUCCCUGAGCGACCCCAUGGCGACGGUGCGCGACGCCGCCUUCAACGCCCUGGUGGACAUCUACCGCCACGUCGGGGAGCGGCUGCGGCAGGACCUCAACAAGAAGCACCCGGUGCCGCCCUCCAAGCUGCCUGCCCUCAUGUCCCGGUUCGACGAGGUUCGCGAGGAAGGUGGUCUUCUUCCCUCUGCACUCUCUGGCGAUGCGAUGCGUGACGAGGACGAGGUGGACAGAGCAGUCAAAAUGUCUGCCAAGAAGGUGACCGGCGCCCCGCCCAUCGCGGUCAAGAGGAACCUACUGACGGCUGCCAAACCCGCGCCCGCGUCCGUGCCAGGCAUUCCACUAUCGUCAACCUCGCUCAAGAGAGUUUCUUCUCUAAAGCGAACUCCAUCUGCAGCAGGUCAAGCAGGGGCUAUGGAUGAAGAACAAUUCAUGCGCCUGUUUGAGGACUGUCCUCAAGUGCAGCUAUUUUCUGCCCGGGAACUAGAAGAUCAUCUGAAUCAGAUUAGAGAGACGAUAGCAGAUCAAACCAAAGACUGGAGCAAAAGGGUGGAUGCUCUCAAAAAAAUCCGCUCUUUACUAGUGGCUGGGGCAGCAAAUUUUGAAGAAUUGUAUGUUCAUUUGAGGCUACUUGAACACCCAUUUCAAGCGUCAAUAAAGGAUUUAAGGUCUUUGGUUGUAAGAGAAGCCUGUAUUUCAGUAGCAUAUUUGUCACAUCAACUGAAGCAGAAGAUGGACCAUUUCGCUGAGCAGGUCUUACCUAAUCUUAUCCAUCUUAUUCAGAACUCCGCUAAGGUUGUUGCCUCUGCAGGUGUAGUCACAAUUCGCUUCAUACUUCAGUACACUCAUGCUCCUCGACUUGUGCCAAUUAUUGUAUCAAAUAUAAGCAAUAAGUCUCGAGACAUUCGGCGUGCCUGCUGUGAAUUCCUGGACCAACUACUUCACACUUGGUCACGAUACUCUUUAGAAAAGCACAUCCCACUCUUGCAAGAAGCUAUCAAAAAGGGUAUUUCUGAUGCUGAUGCUGAAGCUAGACUGACAUCCCGCAAAGCAUAUUGGGGCUUCAAGGAUCACUUUCCUGAGCAGGCUGAUGCAUUGUUGAACACCUUAGAUAGUUCCUACAAACGGGCUUUGUUUGGUGAACUCAGCUUAUCCAACUCAAGCUCCAACUCUUCUCUUCAUCAUCAAGCAUCUUUACCUCCCAGUCGCUACGGUCAGAUCUCCACCCCAACUUCUCGCAGUCGGCCUAUAGGAAGCGCACAAGGAAGUACAGAAAAUUUAUACCAACAACAUUCACAAACUCUGUACCGUCAUUCGUCUAUUCGCGGGCACCGAUCAGGAAUUCCUGUACCCAAGCCACAGUCGGCUGGACCUAAAUCUAUUGACGCAGAUGGCUUGCGGCGUGGUAUGGUUUCACCUUCACCAUCUUCAAUGAUGCGCUCAAACUCAGCUAUUGAUGCAGCUGCAGCCCAAAGAGCUAAAGUUCGUGCCCAGUAUGCAGCUUUAUCCAGACAGAAAGUGGGAUCUGGCACUUCCUUGCAUGAUGAGGAUGCACGUGCACGUAAGUCUCCCAUGGUAACUUCACCAGAACGCACGAGUCGGACAAGAACAAGAGUUGCUGGAGUGUCUCAAUCCCAACCAACAAGUCGAUCUGGUUCCCCAUCAUCACGGUUAAGCUACGUGACCUACGGGUACAACAGGGGUGAAGGAGACGCAACUGAUGGCUCCCCCUCCUAUCUGGGAACACUGGGCCGCCCCAGGCGGCUGGCCUCUGGCAUCCCCCGCUCCACACAAGGCAGCAGGGACGCUUCGCGGGAAACGAGUCCCAACAGAUUCGGUGCAUUAGGUGGCCAUCUUUAUGACCGAUCAUUUGGUUCCAAGCUUCGGGGCAGGCAUGGAAUGUCACCUUCUGACAGGCCUCCUAUAUCAACUGGCCGCCCAGUCAUGGCACAGAAGAUUUUACAGCAGAGUAGAGAAGCAGAGUCAGCUUUGGCGGAUGCUCUGGUGAGCAGAGGACAUUCAAUAGAAAGCCCUGAGUAUACUAGGGGAUCUCCGAGGAAAUCAUACCGAUCUUUUGAUGAUCAUUCUGAUGAGAGUGAAACUUCGAGUGUGUGCUCAGAACGCUCAUUUGAAUCAUUCCGAAGACCAUCUGAUUCAUACUCAUGGAGCGGCUCACAACAGCGAUUGUAUCGUGAUGUGUGGGAACCCUCUCCUAAGGACAUUGCCGCUAUAAUUGAUAACUGUGCCAGUACUCUUUGGAGUGAUCGUAAGGAAGGCCUGCUUGGGCUUCAAGCUUAUUUUCAGGCAGGCAACAUUCUUAGUGCCUCUGAACUUCGCUGUGUUACUGAUAUCUUCACAAAAAUGUUCAUGGACUCUCACACCAAGGUUUUUAGUUUGUUUCUGGAUACACUUCAUGAACUAAUUGUAAGCCAUCAUGCUGAUCUGAAUGAUUGGCUUUAUGUUCUGCUGACAAGACUUCUGAAUAAAUCUGGUGCUGAUUUGCUAGUGAGCCAACAGACUAAAAUCAAUAAAGUUGUAGAGGUGGUUCGGGACAUGUUUCCACUUGAACUGCAAUUGAGUGCUCUAAUGCGCUUCCUCACGGAUCCUGCACAAACACCGAAUCUCAAAGUGAAGGUGGCCACUCUAAGGUACCUCACUCAACUGGCUGCAAUGAUGGAUCCUGGUGGCCUUGCUGCAGCAGCAUCCAACCCUUCCCCAGGAGGUGGCAGCGACCAGUUUGCCAAUGCCUUGGCCAAAAUUAUCAGCUGGACUCAAACAGAACUGUCAAUGUUAGGCGGCAAGGGUGGUGACAUCAGAAAAGCAGCACAACAGGCUCUCAUAACAUUAUUCAACCUUAAUACCCCAUUAGUUACUAUGAAACUUGCCUCUUUACCAAAAGAUUACCAGGAAGCUGCUCAUAGUUUGGUGCAAAGCGAUCUUCGGAGAAGCAGUAGUGGAGGUGGUAGUGAUGGACAGAGUCACAGCAAUGGUGUUUCAUCAACUUUAAGCUCUCCUCCAUCCUCUGCUGUAUCCACUCCUCCUCAACUGCAGUCCCCCAGAACUCCUACCCCCACUGGAGCAAGGUCUUCACCACUGCGCACGCUGAAUCUCCACUAUGGUGGGCAUCAUGCGUCGAAUAUUCCGCAGCACCAUCUGCACCACUUAGAUGAUGAGAACUUGAAUCCAGAAGAAGUUCACAGGUCAUUGCGGAGAACAACUGCUGAAAUUCAGAGUUACAGCUUUGAACCUCUCAAUUCAGGAAAGAUAUUGGACCGUGAACGUGAUAGGGACACAACAUCGCAGGAUUCUGGCAUUAGUCAAAUGUCUGUCGGUCCAGGAGAUAAGAUGGAAGCAUUGGAAGAGAGAAUGGAAGAUCUUAAUUUAUCAACCAACUCGGGUCGAGCCUCCUCUCUGCCAUCACCCACACACAAGUAUAAUGGUCUACUUGACAAAAAUAUUUCAGUGGACUCAAAUGACAGUGAAAAUGGUUUUAUUUCAAAAGGGGAAGAUGCUUAUCAGGAGGAUAAAGAAGCUAUUCAGAAAAUUGUACAAACACUGAGAGCUGAGGAAGAAGCACCUGAUGCCCCUGCAUCAGAGAGAGUUGAUGCCUUGAAGCGCCUGGAGUCCCUUGUAAAGGAUGGCUCCACUCAGGCUAUUAUGGACAACUUCAAAUCAUUGCUAAGAGUGUUAAUGCACCAAAUAUUUAAACCAGAACGCAAUGUUCGUUGUCUUGUUUUGAGUGUUUUGACCGAAAUGGUUAAAAAGCCCUCAUUAGUUCCUUGCUUCUCAAUGUUUGUGGAACUUUUAGUCUUAAAGGUGUUACAGUCCCAUGGGGAUGUGAAGGAAGUGAGUAGGGAUGAAGUUUUAAGGGCUUCUGAAACUUGUGCUUCGGCAAUGGCAGAGCACUUACCGUCUGAUGUAAUUGUUCAUGUUCUGAUUCCCCUUAUUGUUACUGGUGAAUUCCCUGUCAAUCAGAGCUCUAUUAAAAUGCUGACCAAGCUUGUUGACCAUCAUGGUGCAACUAGUAUUGAACCUCGGUUAUCAGAUCUUAUGCCAGGCAUUAUGAAGGCUUAUGAAAAUGAGGUAAGCUCUGUACGCAAAGCAGCAGUAUUCUGCAUGGUGGCACUGCAUGUGGCACUUGGUGAGGAUGUUCUCGCUCCAUAUUUAGAAAAACUCACUGGUCCCAAGCUCAAAUUGUUAGACUUGUACAUUAAACGCGCCGCCCAAAAGGGUUGCACUGGUGCAUCAUUACCCACUUCGCCCAAAAAUGUACCGAUGUGAGGUAGUGACUCUGUUACUGUUUUUUGACUGUUGUUUAAGGAUUUCUUAAGCUUUAUUGUCAUGUGGUAAGACCUAGUCGUAACAGAGCUAACUCGCUGACUGGAAGUUGGUAUUUAUGGCCAUUCAUAGAAUGUUUUAAUUUUUAAAAAAUGUCAGAAAACAAAAUAAAAGAAUUAAAAGUAUUAUUAUAUGACUUUUAUUUUCCCAUUAAAGCCUCUGCUAAUAUUUUAAUCAUGAUGUUUUAAAUUUACAUUUUGUGAUAACUAUGGCCAUGUGCGCAGAUAACUGCUGAAAAUCAUAACCAUUCCUUUUUACUUGACUCUUAACUUACGUAAUCAUGUUUCUGACAGCCUUUUUGUUCUUUCAUGUCUUGGGAUCGUAUUUCAAUUAUGUCAACAGGGUAACAGUCAUAAUUUAUUCAGAGAGUUGUUGAAAACUGUACAUGGUGAGGCACUAAGUUUGGCUGCCUCGUUCGCAGGUGCUGGUUGCUUACUGUCGCUCCAUACGCUGACUUGCCUUGAGCGGCUGUGCAGCAAGUGUCUGUGGACGAGUGCUUAGGCAGCCAAACGGACAGUAUCUUUUAAAAAAUAUUCAGCAGAGGGAACAAACUUGACUGCUGUGCAGGGUUUGACUGAAACAGUUCUUCCUCUCCUGCACUUAAAGUAAUUGUACUUUCUCUAAAUAAACCCUGCUGUGUUGAUUUGAGAUACAAUGUAUCAUUCCUUGUUGAGUCAGAUUUGCUCCUUCAAUUAUCUCAGCCACUUGUAAUAUUGAGAAGAAAGCCUCACCUCAAAAUGAACUUCCAGAGGCAAUUUAUAGUCCAUUAAUGGAUCUGGUUGAGUAUUUUUCUAUCCUGUUCUUUACCUCAUUCAUUAUCUUCAGAAGUCAAACAGUUUUUAUGAUAUGUUUGCUUGCUUUUAAUUGUACAUGUCAGUUUGUUCUGAAUGAGUUUUUUUUAAAUAGUAGUAUUCCAUGGCAGCUCUUUUGUACUGGAUUUAUUUUGUGUGGCAUAUGUUCUAGAACAUAAUUAGAUAUGCUACAGGUUGGAUUGUGAUUGAAAUAUGUAAUUAUUGUUAAAUAUAUAACUUAUUUUAUUAGAUUUAUAAUGUUUUCAAACUGAUGAGUAGGUUUCUAGCGCUAUGAAGUGUCAUUGUGAGGCUUUAAUGGGUUCUUGUGCUUUUUCCUAUUUGGAUUUUCUGCUAUACUAUUUUCCAUCAAUAAAAGAUUUUUGUGGCAGCUAAAGCAAUAUGAUUUUGAGACUGUAUUUGUGGCACUCUUUAUGUCCUUUUGAUUUUUCUGUAAUGCACCGUUAUUUUAAAAUGUAUUUACUUGUUGUAAAUGACUUUUCAUGGUCUCAUAAUGCCAAUGUUAUUUAAAAGAAUUGUUGCUGUUUUUUUUUCUCUUAAGCAUGCUGUGUUGCUACUAUGUAUGAAUUUGUCUUGACAAGAUACAAAAACUUUGAAAGAAGGUAGUACUGGUGAACAAUGUCAAGUGUAAAUAUGUGAAUGUUAUCAUGUCCAAAGAAUAACUUGCUUUGUAAAGAUGAUUAAUAUUCUUUUUUUUUUCUGUUUUUUUAAGUGUAAGAACUGUCAAUGUAAUCCUAUGAACUUCAUGAAACAUGUGCCUGUAGAAGCACAUGCACUGCAUCAUGUGAUCAGCAUUUUAUAAAUCAUCCCAAAACUGCGACUUAGGUGUAACUUUUGGAAUGAUAAAUAUUAGUCAUUUGUAUCCAGCUUCAAGAUUGACCCUCGUUUUGUACCAUUUUAUUUCCACAUGGUGUAACAAUGUUGCAUGUUGCCUUCUCACUCGUUCUUAACCAUGCAUUGUACUGGAAUGUUAAGGUUGGUGAUCCUAGAAGUGCUCUGUUCUUAAUAAAGUUUCCAAUAUUGA